UUUCAUGGUGCAUGGGCCUUUACGGUUCGUGGGGUAUGGCUAUCAAGACAUACCCAACACGUAAUUUUUGUAUUUGUGGGGCAGUUGGCUGCCAACAAGCACUGACGCCCCCGCAACUUGAAAUGAAAUAUACUGUGAAGCCACGGAGAUGCCAUGACAAUUAAGCAUUGAGAAGAGAGCCACAGUUUGCAACAAGAUGUGUGUGUCAGUCUGUGACUCAGGUCCAAAUGUGAAGGGGUCAAUAUGGGAGGCAAGCUAUUCUGGAUGCAAAAACAUUUAAAAAUUGCCACAGAAAAUUAAUGCCUACUGGAGGUGUCACAGACACAAAGAGACCAGGAAGGCCCUCAACUUCGGCGUCAGAGAAAAAGGUGGCCACAUUGAGGGAGAUGUUCAAGCCAAACCCCUCAAAAUCAACAAGAUGGGGAUUAUUAAUUCCUAGCACUAUCUUCUACACAAACAGAAAUUCUUCUUCAGAAUGGAAGGAGUUAUCAAGGAGAAGCUUCAACUUGUUUUCAAAUUUAACAUUAUUGUCCAGCAGGGAUUUUACAUCACUGGAUGACAAGAAUGAAGACAAUAAUGAAUCAGAAGACUAUGAAAAUUGGGAUGAAGAAAAAAGAAGAAGAGAGAAAACAAUUAAAUUGUGACUUUGAAAGAGGCAAAGUCUCACUGGAAACAUUGCACAAGUACGUCCUUACAACAGAAGUAGCCAAUGGUGUAGUUUUAACAUUGCUUGCAACAGAGAAUGUGGUGCUUCACCAAGAAUGCUACAGUUUCCUGAGGUAGCAGAAGAUCACUAAUUUCUUUGCAAAAUAAAACUU